GCCUCCCGUCGUGCCUGGUUCUGCCACCCCCAUGGAAACGGGAAUCGCCGAGACUCCGGAGGGACGACGGACCAGCCGGCGCAAGCGGGCGAAGGUAGAGUACAGAGAGAUGGACGAAAGCUUGGCCAACCUCUCAGAAGAUGAGUAUUAUUCAGAAGAAGAGAGAAAUGCCAAAGCAGAGAAGGAAAAGAAGCUUCCCCCACCACCCCCUCAAGCCCCACCUGAGGAAGAAAAUGAAAGUGAGCCUGAAGAGCCAUCUGGGCAAGCAGGAGGACUUCAAGACGACAGUUCUGGAGGGUAUGGAGACGGCCAAGCAUCAGGUGUGGAGGGUGCAGCGUUCCAGAGUAGACUUCCUCAUGACCGGAUGACUUCUCAAGAAGCAGCUUGUUUUCCAGAUAUCAUCAGUGGACCACAGCAGACCCAGAAGGUCUUUCUAUUUAUUAGAAACCGCACAUUGCAGUUGUGGUUGGAUAAUCCAAAGAUUCAGCUGACUUUUGAGGCUACUCUCCAGCAAUUAGAGGCACCUUACAACAGUGAUACUGUGCUUGUCCACCGAGUUCACAGCUAUUUAGAGCGUCACGGUCUUAUCAACUUCGGCAUCUAUAAGAGGAUAAAGCCCCUCCCGACUAAAAAGACAGGAAAGGUAAUUAUUAUAGGCUCUGGAGUCUCAGGCUUGGCAGCAGCUCGUCAAUUACAAAGUUUUGGAAUGGAUGUCACACUUCUGGAAGCUAGGGAUCGUGUAGGUGGACGAGUUGCCACAUUUCGCAAAGGAAACUAUGUAGCUGAUCUUGGAGCCAUGGUAGUAACAGGUCUUGGAGGGAAUCCCAUGGCUGUGGUCAGCAAACAAGUAAAUAUGGAACUGGCCAAGAUCAAGCAAAAAUGCCCACUUUAUGAAGCCAAUGGACAAGCUGACACUGUCAAGGUUCCUAAAGAGAAAGAUGAAAUGGUAGAACAAGAGUUUAACCGGUUGCUAGAAGCUACAUCUUACCUUAGUCAUCAGCUAGACUUCAAUGUCCUCAAUAAUAAGCCCGUGUCCCUUGGCCAGGCAUUGGAAGUUGUUAUUCAGUUACAAGAAAAGCAUGUUAAAGAUGAGCAGAUUGAACAUUGGAAGAAGAUAGUGAAAACUCAGGAGGAAUUGAAAGAGCUUCUUAAUAAGAUGGUAAAUUUGAAAGAGAAAAUUAAAGAGCUCCAUCAGCAAUACAAAGAAGCAUCUGAAGUCAAGCCACCCAGAGAUAUCACGGCUGAGUUCUUGGUGAAGAGCAAACACAGGGAUCUGACUGCCCUGUGCAAGGAAUAUGAUGAGUUAGCUGAAACACAAGGAAAACUAGAAGAAAAACUUCAAGAAUUGGAAGCCAAUCCCCCAAGUGAUGUAUACCUCUCGUCAAGAGACAGACAGAUACUUGAUUGGCAUUUUGCAAAUCUUGAAUUUGCUAAUGCCACACCUCUUUCUACACUCUCCCUUAAGCAUUGGGAUCAGGAUGAUGACUUUGAGUUUACUGGCAGCCACCUAACAGUGAGGAAUGGCUACUCAUGUGUGCCUGUGGCGUUAGCAGAAGGCCUAGAUAUUAAAUUGAAUACAGCAGUUCGGCAGGUUCGCUACACAGCUUCAGGAUGUGAAGUGAUAGCUGUGAAUACCCGCUCCACCAGCCAGACCUUUAUUUAUAAAUGUGAUGCGGUUCUCUGUACCCUCCCUUUGGGUGUGUUGAAGCAGCAGCCACCAGCUGUCCAGUUUGUGCCGCCUCUUCCCGAGUGGAAAACAUCUGCAGUUCAAAGGAUGGGAUUUGGCAACCUUAACAAGGUGGUGUUGUGUUUUGACCGGGUGUUCUGGGAUCCAAGUGUCAAUUUGUUCGGGCAUGUCGGCAGCACGACUGCUAGCAGGGGUGAGCUCUUCCUCUUCUGGAACCUCUACAAAGCUCCAAUACUAUUGGCACUAGUGGCAGGAGAAGCUGCUGGCAUCAUGGAAAACAUAAGUGAUGAUGUGAUCGUUGGCCGAUGCCUGGCCAUUCUCAAAGGGAUUUUUGGUAGCAGUGCAGUGCCCCAGCCCAAGGAAACGGUGGUGUCUCGCUGGCGUGCUGAUCCCUGGGCCCGGGGCUCCUAUUCCUAUGUGGCUGCAGGAUCAUCUGGGAAUGACUAUGAUUUAAUGGCUCAGCCAAUCACUCCUGGCCCCUCAAUUCCAGGUGCCCCACAGCCAAUUCCACGACUCUUCUUUGCUGGAGAACACACAAUCCGUAACUACCCAGCCACUGUCCAUGGUGCUCUGCUGAGUGGCCUUCGAGAAGCAGGAAGGAUUGCAGACCAAUUCUUGGGAGCCAUGUACACCCUGCCUCGCCAGGCCACACCAGGUGUCCCUGCACAGCAGUCCCCAAGCAUUUGAAACAAAUGUACCCUAAGGGAAGAGGCUGACGUGUGUGUCUUUUGCUGUGUAAGCAAAGUUCUUCUAGCAAUAGAUUGCUGAGAAACCGGCCCUGGCUUUUGGGCUUCCCGUCAGUUCCCGAAGUUCAGGAUGGCCAGGUGGCCCAGGAGGUUGUCUCCUUUGAGUGACUUGGAGCCAGGGAUGAAGGCACUUGUCCAUUUAGUGUGGAAGUGUGUGUUCUUCAAGACGGAGGCAAGCAAGUGCUAUGAGAGAACAUGUUAGUCUCUUGGUGUGGUAGUUUUUUUUAUAUUUUGAGAAUAAAACUUCAUAUAAAAUUAGUCCUAUCUUUUUGUUUGUUUUCCCGUAGGGUUAGAGCCGUAUACAAGACAUGAGUGUUACUCCGUUGGAGAUGUUAAUUUUAUCUGUUUACAUAAGGUGGAUGUUUAUGUAAAGGAGAAAAAUGACUUGGUCAGAAGAUAGGCUCCUAUAGAACAGUGGGCUUCCUGGUCUGUGAGGCUAGAUUUCCCCACAAAGGGUGGGGAAGGUGACCAUGUGCCAGAGGCAUGAGCAUAUGGAUAUCGGGUAACUUUGAAUUCUCAAAACACAAGACAACACAAAGUUUGGGUAGUCCUCUACAGACUAUCCUGGCUUUAUUCUCCAGAUUCCCUCCCUGGGUAUGUCUAACUGUACUUCUGUCCAAGGUACUGGUAUAAAGUUUUGGCAAGUUCUACAUAAGGAGCAGAUCAAGGGUUUAGGUAACUUUGCUGCUGUAACAAAUUACCAACAAGCUCUGAGGGAAGAUUCUAUUUCCUUGCCUUUCUCAGCUUCUAGGGGCUGUCUGUAUCCUUGGCUUAUGGCCCCUUCCUCCAUCUUGAAAAGCACACCAAUCUCUGCUUCCAUCAUCACUUGUGAUCUUUAGAUCCCCCUCCUUCCCACUCAGGAUACUUGUGAUUUACUUUAAGGCCCACCCAGAUCAUCUCCCCCAUUUCAAAAUCUUUAAUCACAUCUUCAAAGUCUCUUUUGCCAUGUAAGGUAAAAACUUGUAGGAACAGAAUGUCUGCCUAUUCCUUACCCAAGGACUCUUAGCAGACUAAAUGCGAGUGUAUAAUCUGCUUCUAGAAAUCGGAUUUAACUUGCAUUAGUGAAUUCUUCCCUAAAUGAGGUUUUAUUCUUAGUAAGAUUUAAGGGAUAUUACAUUGGUGGUCUGAGUGGAAGGCUUUUUCCCUAGUCUUGGAAUGAGUGACAGCCAUUAGGAAAUUCUGCACACCAGGAUCAGAGCAAGUGGUAUAAUUGAUGCAAAGGUGAGAGCAGCAAACAGUGGGAAGUACGACGACUUUGGAGCCCAGCUCGGCCAUUAAUAUUGUUACCUUGGGGCAGGGAGGGGGUGGUUAAGGUGUUUGAACCAGUGUUAGGUGCUUUUGUUUUUUAAAGAAAUGGCAUAGGCCCCUUGAGAGAAGAUUGUUUUGUGUGUGAUAAGCCUAAAAAUAAAAUGUAGCAAUAAAAUAGGUGCUGUAUGAUUCUAAUACCAA